AUGACUGUCACGUCUAUCUCCCUUCACACUAGAGUUAAGGGAAAGUGCCGCUCAUUCAUGCCUUCCCAAGGGGUGCCAGCGAGAGUGCCAGUCUUGGACACUGAAAGACACGGAGAACAAGUGCGGAAGACUCAGUUCGGUUCUGGUAACACUGCAAGUUCUCUAAAGAAGAUAAUGCCACGCACUUACUCCCACGCUCCUGAAACUCAUGUGCCUUUGCCUCGUCCUCUUCCUCCCAAGGGCGCUGGGGGCUUCCUCUGCUCGGCUCGCUGCCUCUCUCCCGGAAGUCUCUCGAGGGGCACCUCCUGGACCUCAGGCGCCGCCACGGGGACGAAGGAGAUUGUGGUGUUGAAGGAGAUUGUGGUGAAUGGGGUGUGCUCCACGGGGAUGCAGCCCCAUUGCAAUUAUGCAUGCAAACGGACGCAGACGGUGGUGUUCCUGCAUGACUACCACAUGGCCAAGGAAGCCUUCACUCGCCCUGAGUUCCUGAACCGGCCUGACUGGAGCAUCUUUAAGCUUAUGGUGUCGGAUAAUAAUGCAGGUGUCGUGGGCAGCAACGGAGCCACAUGGCACGCCAACCGACGCUUUACCCUGAGGCAGCUGCGUGACCUGGGCAUGGGCAAGUCACGCAUGGUGUCUGUGGUGCAGCGGGAGGCACAGUGCCUGGUCGAGGAGCUGGGCAAGCAGGCCGGCAGAGCAGCGCCAGUGCCACACGCGCUCACCGUCUGUGUUUUAAAUGUCCUGUGGCAGCUGGUGGCGAGCAAAAGAUUCAGCGUGGACGACCCCGUUAUUCUGGACCUCGAAAUGAUCAUCGAUGACACCCUGGCGAACAUGGCACGUCUCACAGUGCCAGAUUUCCUGCCGUGGCUCUCCUGUGCCUUCCCGCUGGCACUGCAGAAGCGGCUCUUCUCCCUCGAUAUAUUGGAUGUUAUGAAGGAGAAGUUCUCGAGGUUCUGUCAGGACCUCAUCGAGGAACACAAGCAAGCACUGGACCCAAGCAACCCCAGGGACCUGAUUGACGCUUAUGUCAUUGAUCUGCAGGAAAGAGGAAGCGAAGAUGAGGCCGAAAGCAUCAAGGAUCUGUCUAAACUUGUCUUCGACAUGUUUACGGCAGGCAGUGAGACCACAACAAACACUCUCACGUGGAUGCUGUAUUACUUAGCUGCUUUCCCGGAUGUGCAGAGGAAGAUGCAGCAGGAAGUAGACAGGGUUUUGUCGAAGGAUGCUUUACCUACUCUCGACGAUAGGCCUAGCUUGCCCUACACGGAGGCUGUGAUCCACGAGGUCCACCGUUUCGCCUCCGUCACCUCGAUGGGUGUCCAGCACUGCGCCUCGAAGGACACUCUGCUUGCCGGGUUCCUUAUUCCGAAGGACGCGGUGGUGAUGUCGGUGGUCGGGAGUAUGCACAGAGACCCCCGCUACUGGCAAGACCCCGACCGCUUCCACCCCGAACGCUGGCUCGACCGACAGGGGAAGUUCUGCGCUAAACAAGAAGGCUUCUUACCCUUUGGCGUUGGGAAGAGACGCUGCGUGGCGGAGUCCUUAGUGAAGAUGGAACUCCUCAUCUUCGCCGCCGUCUUGGUUCAAAAACUGGACUUCUCGCCUCCUCCGGGAAAGCUCAUGGACCUGCGGCAUGACACGAGGAAUCCCCUGUGUCACCUGGCCAAGGCGCAGGAUAUUUGGGUGAAGUUUAGGAGCUAGGAUGGACGUGUGUGGAGGCGGAGGGCAAGGGUACGUGUGCCGUCUGAGGGCCAUGUGUUUUCAAGAAGGAUU